ACUCCUUAACUCCCAGGGUUGCGGCCAGCGGACGCGGAUCUUCCGCGGUUCUUUCUCCGGCGAUGUGAGAAGCGUCGCUGCCGCCGCCUGCGCUGGAGCGCAUCACCCGCGGCCGCGAAACGAUGGAGCGCGCAACGAGGCUCUUCCUGGCGCUGGAUAUCUUAUGCCUCGUGGUUGCCUCCCUGCCGUUCAUCAUCCUGACGUUGGUGAACUCUCCCUACAAGAGGGGGUUCUAUUGCGAAGACCCCUCCAUCCGCUAUCCCUACAAGGCAGACACCAUCACCCACGGAGCGAUGGCCGGCGUAACUAUUCCUUGCACCGUUCUCAUUAUUUCUGCCGGGGAGGCAUAUCUCGUCUACACUGAGCGCUUGUACUCCCGCUCUAAAUUCAACAAUUACCUCGCCGCGCUCUACAAGGUGGUGGGGACCUUCCUGUUUGGCGGCGCCAUCAGCCAAUCACUGACAGACCUGGCCAAGUACAUGAUUGGACGCCUGCGGCCCAACUUCCUGGCGGUCUGCAAUCCCGAUUGGUCGAAAGUCAACUGCUCGGUUUAUGUCCAGCUGGAAGACAUCUGCCGGGGCAACUUCAAAGACAUAACUGAGUCCAGGUUAUCUUUCUAUUCUGGACACUCCUCAUUUGGAAUGUACUGCAUGAUGUUCCUAGCACUCUACGUCCAAGCACGCCUGGUGGGGCGAUGGGCACGCCUGGUUCGGCCUACCAUCCAGUUCUUCCUCAUCUCCUUUGCCAUCUUUGUGGGCUACACCCGGGUCUCGGACUAUAAACAUCACUGGAGUGACGUGUUGGCGGGGCUCCUGCAAGGAAUGCUGAUUGCUGUCCUCAUCGUCCGAUACGUCUCUGACUUCUUCAAGCACCGGCCCCCGUCCCUAUGUCCCGAAGACCCCACACACAAGCCCAACGUCCCCCUCAGCGAGCCGGACAGGAACCAUUACACCUACGAGGACGCGGCCUGAACUCUUGCCCGAAGUUGUGUCUCUUUUUCUGGGGGGCAGGCAGAAAGACUCGUCUGCGCCGCUCAUCCGAAAAAGCUCCUUUCCGAAAAGCGUUUUGCUUUUGAACUUUCGCGAUGGAGAUAAUUGGGAACGGCCGGAUUAUUUUUAUUUUUUACCGUUUGCUCGGAAGCCACGAUGCCCGUUAUAACUGCACGAUGUAUUUUGCACCUCUAGAUUGCACCCGAAAGAAAAAAACGAAUCAAGGAAAGGCAGGAGACGGACUCAUAACUUCUUGCAGAAGUGUGUGCUGCUUUUUUUAGUUCUUUCGUCGCGGGAAUCUCGGAAUCUCGGUUGCAUUGAAGUUGCCCCCGUCCCCUCUGUGAAUUGUUCGCACUCUUGUGCCGUUAACAGGAGCCUGGCCUGCAGUUUUUUAGCGGGGGCGGGGGGGGAGGUUUCCCGAGCUAUGCGGAAGUUUGUCAGCAGACCUGGGUAGCCAUUUAAAAAUUCUCUCCCUCCUGCUAAGUUGGCAACCCAAAUAUCCUGGCAGCAGAGCGAUAGGGUCCAGGCUGGCAAAAAACAAAAACAAAACACCCCACCAUUCCCUUAAGGCUCUCCUCCUCCCUACCUACACACAGGGAGGUUUUGGCACAGAGAUUAUGAGUAACCGGAUCGGGGCCCAUUAUCUGAAGAAGAAGAAAAAGGCUGGCAGGCUGGCAUGCAAGCGGGUGGAGAGAGGUGCCCAUGUUCAGGGAACAAGUUUGGCAACAGGUAAAGGGGGUAUUGGAGGGGGGGAAUCUCUUUUUAGCCCAUGACGGCUUGGAGAAACUUCAAAUUCCAAGCCCGGGGUUUCCGCCACCCGACGAAAUAAGAGGAGAAUUCAAUAAAGAGGAGGAAAAUCUUGCAGCGAACCUGA